GGUAAAAAAUGUCAGCUCUCAGGUCCACAUGUUUAUUUAAACGAAUACUUUUUAAGGGACCAAACAUCAAAUGUGAUUUUUAUGAUAACACUAGAACUAUAACAAACGUUAAAUAUUUAUAUCGACCAGACACAUUACGGUCCCCGCUAGGUAUUUGUGCGUGUGUGUUUUUCCGAAGGUCGACCGAUCGGUGGUUUCAUAGCAGGAGUGUUACAUAUAACAACAGUGUUACGUCAGACUCAAAUGUGAACUAUGAGAAGGGAGAGGAGAAAAAAUCCAAGUGGAAGAAGUAUGGGGAAUAUUUUAUGUGGUUUACACUCGCUUCUUUUUCAGCAGGCUGUGUUUACGGUGCAUAUAUUUUAGGCCUACCACCAACAGACCCAGAAGGCAACGUAGUCGAGGAUGAGUUUGGAAAAGGGUUCUCCAUUCAAAGAAGUGUUGCCACCUUUAAAAUAAAGAAACAGGAGAUGGAGGAGCCCUCCAGAAAGAAGCUGCUUCCAGAGCCCCUCCAGCCCCCUUUUGUCCAGCCCCCAUACACACUGGUCAUGGAGAUCACUGGUAUCCUGGUCAAGCCUGAGUGGACGAUUAAGAAUGGAUGGCGGUUUAAGAAGAGACCAGGGGUGGAUUAUUUCCUCCAGGCUGUUGGGCCACCUCUGUUUGAGACCGUUGUUUACACCUCUGAGACUGGCAUGAAUGCUGUUCCUGUGAUUCAUAGCCUUGAUCAACAAGGUCACGUCAUUUAUAAGUUAUACAGAGAUGCCACAUGGUAUGACGGCAAAGAUCAUGUCAAAGAUUUGUCCUAUUUAAACAGAGAUUUAAACAAAGUUAUAAUGAUCGACUGUAAACCCAAAUCUGUGAAGCUGCAGAGGAACAACGCAUUCGUUCUGAAAGAAUGGGACGGGGAUGAGAAUGACACCACGUUGUUUGAUCUGGCUUCUUUUCUACAAACAUUGGCACACAGUAAGAUUGAAGAUGUCCGUACAGUGUUAGAAUACUACAUGCAGUUUGAUGACCCUAUUGCCAAAUUUAGAGAAAAUCAGUUACUCCUUCAGGAAGAGCAAGAAAGACAAAGACAAGAACAGGAGAAGCCAAAGCAGAAAUCACCGUUUGAUUUCGCCAAGUCAUUUAGAAAGAGAUAGCUCAAGAACAAGUGGCUGAAUGGUGGAAAUAUCCCAAUGUAACAAGUAUAGAGUGCUUUCUGCAUCAGUGUGAAGUGUAAAGAAACAAGUGAAAACUGCAUCAGAUGCAUGACAAUAUCAUACAAAUGCAUUCACUCUAAAUUGAAAUAAAAUCAUGAACAAUACUGCCAGAUGAUGAGACUGUCAAUAAAAUUGUUUUUAUACUGUG